AUGUCUUCCAAGAAGAAGUGGGCUGAGCGCAGGGACACGCGAAAGGAGCAAACCUUCGCCACCCGCGACGAUGCAUCUGUGGCGUCCGGGGCAUCGGGGCGUCCUACCUCUAGGGGGCGUUUCUCCGAGUCUUGGAGGAGGUUAAGCUCCAGAGGGGGAUCCACCAAGAGGGGGGCGCUGGGCUCUCAGCAGCCGCAGGCACAGAAAUCAUGGAUAGAGCGAGCAUUCAGCAAGAGAGAAUGUGUCCAUAUCAUUGUGAGCGCCAAAGACCCCCAUAGGUGCUGCUGCGGACGCCUGAUAGGACAACAUGUGGGUCUUCCCCCCGGCAUUUCAUCCAGUCACAACGAUAAGGCGGAACGGCAGGCCAAAAAUGAUAGUCUGUCGGAGAAAUGGUCCAUCAGCAAACACACCCAGCUCAGCCCAACUGAUGCAUUCGGCACCAUUGAGUUCCAGGGAGGAGGACAUUCCAACAAAGCAAUGUAUGUGCGAGUGUCUUACGACACCAAGCCGGACCUGCUGCUGCAUUUGAUGACCAAGGAGUGGCAGCUGGAGCUUCCCAAGCUGCUCAUUUCAGUCCACGGAGGGCUGCAAAACUUUGAAUUGCAGCCCAAACUCAAGCAGGUCUUUGGCAAAGGGCUGAUCAAGGCAGCCAUGACGACUGGAGCCUGGAUCUUCACUGGAGGGGUCAAUACAGGGGUUAUUCGCCAUGUGGGUGAUGCGCUAAAAGACCAUGCAUCCAAGUCAAGGGGGAAGAUCUGCACUAUUGGUAUUGCACCCUGGGGCAUCGUGGAAAAUCAGGAGGAUCUAGUUGGCAAAGAUGUGGUGCGUCCGUACCAGACCAUGUCCAACCCAAUGAGCAAGCUGACGGUGCUGAACAGCCUUCACUCACAUUUCAUCCUGGCCGACAACGGUACCACGGGGAAGUACGGCGCUGAGGUCAAACUGCGCCGACAGUUAGAGAAACACAUCUCCUUACAGAAAAUCAACACACGAAUUGGUCAGGGUGUGCCAGUGGUGGCUCUCAUUGUGGAAGGAGGCCCAAAUGUGAUCUCCAUCGUGCUGGAAUACCUCAGGGACACACCACCGGUCCCUGUAGUGGUGUGUGACGGCAGCGGCAGAGCCUCUGACAUUUUGGCAUUUGGUCACAAAUACUCUGAGGAAGGAGGCAUAAUUAAUGAGUCUCUGAGAGACCAGUUGCUGGUGACCAUCCAGAAAACCUUCACCUACAGCCGCACACAGGCACAACAUCUGUUCAUCAUUCUAAUGGAGUGCAUGAAGAAAAAGGAACUGAUAACAGUCUUUCGAAUGGGGUCUGAGGGUCAUCAGGAUAUUGACCUUGCCAUCCUCACUGCACUGCUAAAAGGUGCCAACGCCUCCGCUCCUGACCAGUUGAGUUUGGCUCUCGCGUGGAACAGAGUCGACAUCGCCCGCAGUCAGAUAUUCAUCUACGGACAGCAGUGGCCUGUGGGUUCCCUUGAGCAAGCCAUGUUGGAUGCAUUAGUCCUGGACCGAGUGGACUUUGUCAAGCUGCUGAUUGAAAAUGGAGUCAGUAUGCACCGUUUCCUAACCUUGUCCAGGCUAGAGGAGCUUUAUAACACAAGACAUGGCCCAUCCAACACACUUUACCACCUGGUCAGAGACGUCAAAAAGCGAGAAUAUCCAGGGUUCAGUUGGAUCUACUUCAAGGGAAACCUGCCUCCAGACUACCGCAUCAGCCUCAUCGACAUUGGAUUGGUCAUUGAAUACCUAAUGGGCGGGGCUUACCGUUGUAACUACACUAGGAAGAGAUUCCGAACUCUGUACCACAACCUUUUUGGGCCCAAAAGGCCCAAAGCCUUGAAACUGCUGGGGAUGGAGGAUGACAUGCCAAUCCGGAGGGGCCGUCAGAAAACCACACGGAAGCGAGAAGAAGAGGUGGACAUUGAUUUGGACGACCCCGAAAUCAACCACUUCCCAUUUCCCUUCCACGAGCUAAUGGUAUGGGCCGUGCUGAUGAAACGGCAGAAGAUGGCGCUCUUCUUUUGGCAGCACGGAGAAGAGGCCAUGGCCAAAGCUUUGGUGGCGUGCAAACUGUGUAAGGCCAUGGCGCACGAGGCGUCUGAGAAUGACAUGGUGGAUGACAUCUCACAGGAGCUUAAUCACAACUCCAGAGAGUUUGGCCAGCUGGCAGUGGAACUUCUGGACCAGUCCUACAAACAGGACGAGCAGAUGGCCAUGAAGCUCCUGACAUACGAGCUGAAGAAUUGGAGUAACGCCACCUGCCUGCAGCUGGCGGUAGCGGCCAAGCAUCGGGACUUCAUCGCGCACACCUGCAGUCAGAUGCUGUUGACAGACAUGUGGAUGGGACGCCUGCGCAUGCGCAAGAAUUCGGGACUCAAGGUGAUCUUGGGGCUGCUCCUGCCGCCGUCCAUCCUGAGCCUGGAGUUCAAGAACAAGGACGAAAUGUCCUACAUGCCCCAGGACCAGGAAGCGUACUUGCAGGAGAAGGAGGAAGAGGAACCCGAGAAGCCCGUCAAGGAGAAGGAGGAGGAAGACAUGGAGUUCACAGUAAGGUCUUACUGUGAGGCGCAGUACAACUCUGUGGCCAUGCUGGGGAAAGUAGCCACGGAGACGUCUAGGAAGAAGGACGUAGAGGAAGUUCAGAACCGCCACCGCCUCAUCCCCAUGGGACGCAAGAUCUACGAGUUUUACAAUGCGCCCAUCGUCAAAUUCUGGUUUCAUACGAUGGCAUACGUGGGCUACCUUAUGUUGUUCAACUACAUUGUUCUGGUCAAGAUGGACUUGUGGCCUUCCCCUCAAGAGUGGAUCGUCAUCGCUUACAUCUUCACCAAUGGGAUUGAGAAGAUGAGAGAGAUCCUUAUGUCAGAGCCAGGGAAGUUGUUACAGAAGGUCAAGGUGUGGCUUCAGGAGUAUUGGAACAUCACAGACCUCAUGGCCAUCCUCAUAUUUUCUGUCGGCAUGGUUCUGCGUCUCCAGGAGCCCCCGCUCAUGAGCUAUGGACGGGUCAUCUAUUGCGUCAACAUCAUCUACUGGUACAUCCGGCUGCUCGACAUCUUUGGUGUCAACAAGUACCUGGGCCCCUAUGUGAUGAUGAUUGGCAAGAUGAUGAUCGACAUGAUGUACUUUGUGAUCAUCAUGUUGGUGGUGCUCAUGAGCUUUGGGGUGGCGCGGCAAGCUAUCCUUAACCCCAACGAAGAUCCCUCCUGGAUGCUGGCACGGAACAUCUUCUUCAUGCCUUACUGGAUGAUAUACGGAGAGGUGUUUGCCGACCAGAUUGACCAUAUUCAUAGUAGGAAGUUACAGCACAGGCUGAAUGAAAAACUCUGGCUGGUCGAAAAUUACUUACGAACUCUGGGAACCUGGCGUAGUAGUGGCGCAUCCCACAUUGCCCAGUGCUCUCAAAAUUCCACCCCCUGUGGUCAGAACAUCACCACUGAAGAUGGCGUGGUGGUCGCGUUGCCUCCGUGUAAGACAGGCGCCUGGAUUGUCCCGGCCAUCAUGGCCUGCUAUCUGCUGGUGGCCAACAUACUGCUAGUCAAUCUUCUCAUCGCAGUGUUCAACAAUACAUUCUUCGAGGUGAAGUCCAUCUCUAACCAGGUUUGGAAGUUCCAGCGCUACCAGCUGAUUAUGACCUUCCACGAGCGUCCGGUCCUUCCUCCGCCGCUUAUCAUCUUUAGCCACAUCACCAUGGUGCUCAAGCACCUGUGUUGUCGUUGGCGUAAGCACGAUGAUGACGAGAGAGACUACGGACUGAAACUUUUCAUCACAGAGGACGAGCUAAAGAAGGUCCACGACUUUGAGGAGCAGUGCAUAGAAGAAUAUUUUAGAGAGAAGGAUGACCGAUUCCACUCGUCUAAUGACGAAAGGAUUAGAGUCACUUCAGAAAGGGUGGAGAACAUGGCGAUGCGUCUCGAGGAAGUCAACGAACGGGAGCACUUCAUGAAGGCCUCUCUGCAGACCGUUGACAUCCGGCUAGCGCAAAUGGAGGAGUUGAUCGGACGGAUUGCCGUGGCCUUAGAACGUGUGACAGGUGUCGAACGCGGGGAAGUCAACAAGGUUCGAUCCCGGACGUCGUCUGAUUGCACCGACUCUGCAUAUGUCCUCCGCCAAGGGGAGUGCACGGACGCAGCAUACAUUCUCCGCCAAAGUAGCUUCAACAGCACCGAGGGGAAUGCGUACCGUUUGCAGGAAGCACUGGAGUGCACUGCCGAGGGCUCCAUGUCCCCUCCCUCUCCUACCGGCGGGGCUCAGCGGACAAGAAGCCAUUCCUUUUAUGUGGGAGGCGGUCGUGGUGGCGAACGUUCCAGCGGCCCUGAACGGGCAGAUAGCUUCUUCAAAGAGCGCUCACUCAGUCUCCAUCGAGCCAACAGCUCACAAUCUGUGUCUUCGUCAGCUGCCAAUAAAGAGCUGAAGCCCCUGCCCUUGGCUACGCUGUCUGUCUCCCAGCAGCACCGACCCUCAUCGUGCAUCGAUAUCUAUGUCUCGACCUCUGAGGAGGUUGCUCCAGCCGAGGUUUUUCUGGAUUCCCUGCGUGUGGUACCGCCCCUCCAAAGAGAGGCGUCAUUGCAGUCCGACAUUAUCGAGGCGGCGCUGCCGGGAGGCCGGGACUUCGGCGGUGCUGACAGGCACUCAGAAGGUGGCGGGGGCAGUGGUGGGGCGGCCGGUGGCGUGUUCGAUGACAGUGCAGCAGCCGAUUUAUCUUUGUGUUCCGCCCACCUGUUACCGGACAGCGCCCUACCCUCUUGGGACGCAGAACCGUCACCGCCCCCCUCGGCCGGGCCGCUGGAGCGCUCCAAGAGCAGCCGUCUCCUCUCAACAGUAGGCACGUCCUUCCUGGAAGAGCCUCCUUUGGUCAAGUCCCACAGUCUCAUGUUCACGACGAGGAGCUGCUACGGCGGACUGGGUGCGGGCGUCCAGGUCAAAGCUGCAGAGUACACCAGCAUCACCGACUGCAUUGACACACGCUGCGUUUCAUCACCAUACACCCCCGUAGAACGCUCGCACUCGCCCGGAGCUUCCACCUCAUUCCCUUUUGACAAGCCUUCAGACGUUGGCUCUUCUCAUCCAGAGAGAGAAGCUGAGCUAAGCCACACUGAGUCUGAUCCAGAGGACCCAGAGGACCUGAUGGCACCUCCCGACACCCCUCGUCUGGGGACCCUCGGCGGAUCCGGCGGGGCCCCUCUCUGCUUCCCCAUCUCCAGGCUGGAGCGAGCCAAUAGCUGCUCUUCAGACGACUCCCAUCCUUCGCUCACACUGGCCCCUCCGCACAGGAAGAGCUUGUCAGUGAGUGAGAGGAUGGAGAGGGGACCGGGUCUGGGGGCAGACAGGGGGCCCGGGGGUCGGGGUCUGGCGGGAACCAGAAACCCCUUCCUCAGGAGCAAGUCCGGGGCACGGCCCGAAGCGGCCAAGACUGACAACCUCUCCAUGAGGAAGCUGGCCGCUCCGUCGGCAUUCCGCAGCUUUGAUAGACAGAACUACACGUGA